AUGAUUUUUCCUUUUGUAUCCGUAAUAAGAGAUGGUAAAACAAUUCUUUCUGCUGUACUAUUUGAAGUCGAUGAAAACUUGACUUUUGAAGAUCUACUUUAUCAAGCAGAUAGUGACUAUGUUUCUGAGGAAGUUGUUAGAGUUGAUAUUCAAGUUCGAGCUAAAAAAUGUUUGCCUAACUCAAAACCAUCAACAAAUUGUAAUGAUCAGUUAUAUAAUGAUAUUUUAGAACUUUUACGCAGUAAAAAUCUUGGUUGGGAAUAUGGGAUGCAAAAUUCACUUGGCAUAACAUUUAUUAAUAAACUUGUAUCUCUUCUUUAUUACUUGGAUGAUAAGCACAAAAUGCUUAAAUUGCAUAGUCUUAAAAUACCAUCAAUCUUUUUUCAAUUGCCAUUAUAUCAACAAAAUUCAUAUUAUAAAAAUGGAAAACAUCAUAAAACUAUAUUAAGACGUAAAGAAUUAGAACUUCAACUAUGUACAGUAGCUCAUACAUAUGCUAAUUAUUUAGAAAUAGUUAAUUUGCAUGUUCAAAGAAUUCAAUCUUCAUCUGUUCUAGCACGAAGUCCAGAAAAAGAUAUUGGUGAUUCAAGUGCAAUAGACAAUUCACACUCUGCUGAAAUAAAUCAAAGACUAAAAAUAAUGCUUGAACUUGAAGAUCCAGAAAUUUGA